UUCCACUCGCAGUGACGCCAUACGAACGUAGCACGUUCGGCCGAGCUGCCGAGGACGAACAAUAGAGCCGGGAGUCGAGCUUAGAGGAGUUGAUAAAGCUGCCUGAGGGAGGCAGAUGUGAAAAGACAGAAGAGGAGGAGAAAGCAGCAGCAGCAGCAGCAGCAGCGGCAGCAGCAGCAAACCUUUGGCAGUCCCGCGGAACGCAUUAUUGGUUUGCGAGGAUGGCAGUACAUGUGGCCGGACUUGUGGCCGUGGCUGCCUUUUACGUGGUUAUCCUGCUGACCGGGAUCUUUGCGUCACGCAAAUCAAAAAAAGUGGAGAAGAAAUGCACUGGCAAAAUGAGCGAAGUCACCAUGGUCGGGGGCCGCAACCUCAACGUCGCGAUUGGCGUUUUUACCAUGACUGCAACAUGGGUUGGAGGAGGUUACAUUAUGGGCACCGCUGAAGCUGUUUAUUCUCCUGCUCAAGGUCUCGUAUGGGCUUUUGGACCUCUCGCAUAUAUUUUGAAUUUCCUUAUAGGAGGAUUGUUUUUUGCCAAACAAAUGAGGUCCAAACGCUACGUGACGAUGUUGGACCCAUUUCAGAAUCGCUACGGCCAAUUGUUCACCACAGCAAUAUUACUUCCUGCUUUGCUCAGUGAUAUUUUGUGGGUUGCCUGCAUCCUCGCUGCCCUCGGGGGGACCAUGCGUAUCAUCCUUGAACUGUCAUCUCUUGCCUCUAUCCUGAUAUCUGCGGCUGUUUCUAUCAUCUACACUUUUUUAGGAGGCCUCUACGCAGUUGCGUACACCGAUAUCAUCCAACUCUCCUUCAUGUUUGUCAGUCUGUGGCUCUGUAUUCCCUUUAUGAUUCUCAGUCCUGUGGUGACUGACCUUGCACAAGUAGCCCAUUUCAACCAGUCCAACAUCCAUUCUUGGGUUGGAGAGGUUAAGCUGGAGGAUGCCGGAAAAUGGAUAGAUGACUUUCUCAUGUUGGCUUUAGGGGGACUGGCGUACCAAUCUUUAUACCAGAGGAUCCUUGCAGCAGCCUCCUCACACAAAGCUCAGGUUACCUGCUUUGCUGCUGCCGGCUUUGCUUUUAUUAUGGGCAUCCCCUCGGCGAUCAUUGGAGCUGUGGCUGCAUCUGCAGACUGGAACCAGACAGACUAUGGUCUACCCCCACCUUAUGAGCGCGGGGAGGCAGGGAAUGUCCUGCCACUGGCUCUGUCCUACAUCACACCCGCCUGGGUGUCAGUGUUAGGCAUUGGCGCUAUAGCAGCAGCAGUUAUGUCCUCCAUGGACUCAACAUUGCUCUCAUCAGCAUCCAUGUUCACACAAAACAUAUACAAGACGACUUUGAGAAAGCAGGCAUCAGAGAGGGAGCUGCAGUGGGUGAUCAGGAUUAGUGUGCUACUGGUGGGCCUGGCUGGGACCGGUCUGGCCUUUAACAAGAACAGCAUCCUUGCUCUCUGGCUGCUCGCGGCCGACCUGCUCUACUGCAUCGUGACCCCUCAGCUGGUGUGCGUGGUGCACCUCCGCUCUGCUAAUUGCUACGGCGCCAUCAGCGGCUACGUGAUAGCGCUGGUGCUUCGCGGGCUGAGCGGCGAGCCAGCGCUCGGCAUCCCUCCUGUGCUGCUCUACCCUGGAUGGAGGGAGGAGGAUGGCAUCAUCACACAGUACUUUCCCUUUAGGACUCUGAUUGCGUUAAUUUGUCUGACGGCUGUCAUUGUGGUGUCCUACCUGGUCCAGUUGGGGUUCUCUCGCCAGCUCAUUCCUCAGUCCUGGGAUGUUUUGGAUGUGUUUGAAGAGAAAAUGGAGGCAGAAGAGGAGGAAGAGAGACCAAUACAAAGUUUCAAUGAGGAAAAGAACUAUGUCUUUAAUACAGCAUUAUAGGAUUGCGGUGUUUGCCAAUCCUCUUUCUGCACACAUUCUUAGAUAUUUUCUACACUGUAGUGUCUUCAACAAAGUAUUGACUGUUGCCGUUAAUUGAGCCCAAGGCUUUAAGGCCGCUAUUAAAAUCUCAGAUUCCGA